CCCCCGCGCGCCGGGGAGUGGCGCAUGCGCGGGCGUUUUGCGAGCCCGCUGAGGCAAGCCGAGCGCGGCGGCGCCGGGAGCCGAGCAGCGGAGCUGUGAGGAAGCGAGCGGCGGCGCGGGAGCGGCGGCCGCGGACAGGUGGCGAGUCCUCCUCCGCGCAUUCCGGGAGUGCGGGGCCGCCCGCGGAGCCUCUCGGUCUAGACGUGGCGGCGGCGGCAUCCCGGACGGCCUGUGAGGGAUGCGCCGCCUACUGCCCCGCGCCGCCUGACCGCCCCCGCCUCGGCUCGCGGUGCGCCACAGCCGGGCUCGCGGCCGCCCCUGCCGCGCUCCCGCCCGGCCCCGGAGCCCGCGGGUCCGCGCCCGGUCCGGCCAUGUGGACCCCCACGGAGGAAGAGAAAUACGGCGUAGUGAUAUGCAGCUUUCGAGGAUCUGUCCCCCAAGGGUUAAUUUUAGAAAUAGGAGAAACAGUCCAGAUUCUUGAAAAAUGUGAAGGUUGGUACAGAGGAGUUUCAACAAAAAAACCAAAUGUAAAGGGGAUCUUUCCUGCAAAUUACAUUCACUUGAAAAAGGCAAUUGUCAGUAAUAGGGGGCAGUAUGAAACUGUGGUCCCACUUGAAGAUUGUAUUGUGACUGAAGUUACUACAACUCUACAAGAAUGGGCCAGUCUAUGGAAACAGCUUUAUGUGAAACACAAAGUAGAUCUUUUCUACAAGCUUCGCCAUGUGAUGAAUGAGCUUAUUGACCUUCGAAGGCAGCUACUGUCUGGUCACCUAACUCAGGAUCAGGUGCGGGAAGUUAAACGACACAUCACUGUGCGCCUGGACUGGGGUAAUGAGCAUUUGGGGCUGGACCUUGUGCCCCGAAAAGACUUUGAAGUAGUGGAUUCGGACCAGAUUAGUGUCUCAGAUCUCUAUAAAAUGCAUUUAUCUAGUCGGCAGAGUGUACAGCAAAGCACAUCUCAGGUAGAUACAAUGCGCCCACGUCAUGGGGAAACUUGUCGGAUGCCAGUACCACACCACUUCUUCCUCAACUUGAAGAGUUUCACCUACAAUACCAUUGGGGAAGAUACUGAUGUCUUUUUUUCCUUGUAUGAUAUGAGGGAAGGCAAACAGAUCAGUGAGCGGUUUCUGGUGAGACUGAACAAGAAUGGUGGGCCACGGAACCCAGAGAAGAUAGAACGAAUGUGUGCCCUUUUUACAGACCUGAGCAGCAAAGAUAUGAAGAGAGAUUUAUAUAUAGUUGCCCAUGUGAUACGAAUAGGCCGGAUGCUUCUGAAUGACUCAAAGAAAGGCCCUGCUCACCUGCACUAUAGACGCCCAUAUGGAUGUGCUGUUCUAAGCAUCCUGGAUGUCCUACAGUCACUCACAGAAUUAAAGGAAGAAAAGGAUUUUGUGCUUAAGGUUUACACGUGCAACAAUGAGAGUGAAUGGUCCCAGGUCCACGAGAAUAUCAUCCGCAAGUCCAGUGCCAAGUACUCUGCCCCCAGUGCUAGCCAUGGUCUUAUUAUUUCUCUGCAGCUUCUUCGUGGAGACAUGGAACAGAUUAGGAGAGAAAAUCCCAUGAUAUUUAGUAGGGGAUUGGCAAUAACAAGAAAAUUGGGAUUUCCUGAUGUUAUCAUGCCAGGUGACAUCCGCAAUGACUUAUAUCUAACUCUGGAGAAGGGGGAUUUUGAAAGAGGGGGAAAAAGUGUACAAAAGAAUAUUGAAGUAACCAUGUAUGUGCUUUAUGCAGAUGGAGAAAUCUUGAAGGAUUGCAUCAGCUUGGGUUCAGGAGAGCCAAAUAGGAGUUCCUACCACUCCUUUGUCCUCUACCACAGUAAUAGUCCUCGCUGGGGAGAAAUUAUCAAAUUGCCGAUCCCCAUCGACCGGUUCCGGGGCUCCCACCUGCGCUUUGAGUUCAGGCAUUGUUCUACAAAGGACAAAGGGGAAAAGAAACUCUUUGGCUUUGCAUUCUCACCCUUGAUGCGAGAUGAUGGCACCACUCUAUCAGAUGACAUCCAUGAACUCUAUGUGUAUAAGUGUGAUGAGAAUAGCACAUUUAACAACCACGCUCUGUACCUGGGCCUACCCUGCUGCAAAGAGGACUACAAUGGCUGUCCGAAUAUACCCUCUAGCCUCAUCUUCCAGCGCAGCACCAAAGAGUCUUUCUUCAUUUCCACCCAACUCUCCUCCACCAAACUCACCCAGAAUGUGGACCUCCUUGCUCUGUUGAAAUGGAAGGCUUUUCCAGACCGGAUCAUGGACAUACUAGGGCGACUACGGCAUGUCAGCGGCGAAGAAAUUGUUAAGUUUCUGCAGGACAUCUUAGAUACACUUUUCGUGAUUUUGGAUGAUAAUACAGAGAAAUAUGGACUGUUGGUGUUUCAGUCUUUGGUAUUCAUCAUCAAUCUUCUUCGAGACAUCAAGUAUUUUCACUUUCGACCUGUAAUGGACACCUACAUCCAGAAGCACUUUGCUGGAGCCCUAGCUUACAAGGAGCUCAUCCGCUGUUUGAAGUGGUACAUGGACUGCUCAGCAGAACUGAUUCGUCAAGAUCACAUUCAGGAAGCCAUGCGGGCCUUGGAGUACCUUUUCAAGUUCAUUGUACAGUCAAGGAUCUUGUACUCACGAGCCACCUGUGGAAUGGAAGAGGAGCAGUUCCGGUCCAGCAUCCAAGAACUUUUCCAGUCCAUUCGGUUUGUGCUCAGUCUGGACAGCAGAAACUCAGAAACACUCCUUUUCACUCAGGCUGCGCUCCUCAAUUCCUUCCCAACCAUCUUCGAUGAACUGUUGCAAAUGUUCACUGUGCAGGAAGUGGCAGAGUUUGUGAGAGGAACACUGGGGAGCAUGCCCAGCACUGUACACAUUGGGCAGUCUAUGGAUGUGGUAAAGCUUCAGUCAAUUGCCAGAACUGUGGACAGUCGCCUCUUUUCUUUCUCAGAAUCUCGUCGCAUCCUGCUUCCAGUGGUCCUUCAUCACAUUCACCUUCACCUGAGGCAGCAGAAAGAGCUGCUAAUAUGCUCAGGGAUUCUCGGCAGCAUCUUCUCCAUCGUCAAGACCAGCUCUCUGGAGACAGAUGUGAUGGAGGAGGUAGAAAUGAUGGUGGAAAGCCUCCUAGACGUGCUCUUGCAGACUCUGCUCACCAUCAUGAGCAAAUCGCACGCUCAGGAGGCGGUAAGAGGGCAGCGGUGCCCGCAGUGUACAGCCGAGAUCACUGGUGAAUAUGUGUCCUGCCUUCUUUCAUUGCUUCGUCAAAUGUGUGAUACCCAUUACCAACACCUCCUGGACAACUUUCAGAGCAAAGAUGAACUCAAGGAAUUUCUGCUGAAGAUUUUCUGUGUAUUCCGGAACCUAAUGAAAAUGAGUGUCUUUCCUCGGGACUGGAUGGUAAUGAGACUUCUUACAAGCAAUAUUAUAGUCACUACUGUCCAGUAUUUGUCUUCUGCACUGCACAAGAAUUUCACAGAGACAGACUUCGAUUUUAAGGUGUGGAAUUCUUAUUUUAGUCUGGCAGUUUUGUUCAUAAACCAGCCAAGUCUCCAGCUAGAAAUCAUCACUUCAGCCAAGAGGAAGAAAAUUCUAGAUAAGUAUGGGGACAUGCGCGUGAUGAUGGCUUAUGAACUGUUCAGUAUGUGGCAGAAUUUGGGUGAACAUAAGAUCCACUUCAUUCCUGGAAUGAUUGGCCCCUUUCUGGGUGUGACCCUGGUCCCACAGCCAGAAGUGCGGAACAUUAUGAUUCCCAUCUUUCAUGAUAUGAUGGACUGGGAACAGAGGAAAAAUGGCAACUUCAAACAGGUGGAAGCUGAACUGAUUGACAAAUUGGACAGCAUGGUGUCAGAAGGGAAAGGAGACGAGAGCUACAGGGAGCUCUUCAGUCUUCUAACCCAGCUGUUUGGGCCCUACCCCAGCCUCCUGGAGAAGGUUGAACAAGAAACAUGGCGUGAAACUGGCAUUUCCUUUGUGACCUCUGUCACCCGCCUCAUGGAACGCCUUCUUGACUACAGAGACUGUAUGAAAGGAGAGGAAACAGAAAAUAAGAAGAUUGGCUGCACUGUUAACCUGAUGAACUUCUACAAAUCUGAGAUUAACAAAGAAGAGAUGUAUAUCCGCUACAUUCACAAGCUUUGUGACAUGCAUUUGCAAGCUGAAAACUACACAGAGGCUGCUUUCACUCUUCUCCUUUACUGUGAGCUGCUGCAGUGGGAGGAACGGCCACUACGGGAAUUCCUCCACUACCCAUCCCAGACAGAGUGGCAGCGGAAAGAGAACCUAUGUCGCAAGAUCAUCCACUACUUUAACAAAGGCAAGAGCUGGGAGUUUGGAAUCCCAUUGUGCAGAGAGCUGGCAUGUCAGUAUGAGAGCCUCUAUGAUUAUCAAAGCCUCAGCUGGAUUCGGAAAAUGGAAGCCAGCUACUAUGACAACAUCAUGGAGCAGCAACGCCUGGAGCCUGAGUUCUUUCGGGUUGGCUUCUAUGGCAGAAAGUUUCCUUUUUUCCUUCGGAACAAAGAAUAUGUGUGUCGUGGCCAUGACUACGAGAGGCUGGAGGCCUUCCAGCAGAGGAUGCUCAGCGAGUUCCCACAAGCUGUCGCCAUGCAGCACCCUAACCAUCCUGAUGACGCCAUCCUGCAGUGUGACGCCCAGUACUUGCAGAUCUAUGCGGUGACACCCAUUCCAGAUUAUGUAGAUGUCCUGCAGAUGGAUAGAGUCCCAGAUCGAGUCAAGAGUUUCUACCGUGUCAACAAUGUGAGGAGGUUCCGGUAUGACAGACCUUUUCACAAAGGUCCCAAGGACAAGGAGAAUGAAUUUAAGAGCCUAUGGAUUGAGCGCACCACACUGACCCUGACUCACAGCUUACCUGGCAUCUCUCGGUGGUUUGAAGUGGAGAGGAGGGAACUGGUGGAGGUGAGCCCUCUGGAGAAUGCCAUCCAAGUGGUUGAGAAUAAGAACCAGGAGCUGCGGGCCCUGAUCAGCCAGUAUCAACACAAGCAGGUGCACGGCAACAUCAAUCUGCUCAGCAUGUGCUUGAAUGGUGUCAUUGAUGCCGCAGUCAAUGGAGGCAUUGCACGCUACCAAGAGGCCUUCUUUGAUAAAGAUUACAUUACGAAGCACCCAGGAGAUGCUGAGAAGAUCACUCAACUCAAGGAGCUAAUGCAGGAACAGGUCCAUGUCCUUGGAGUUGGACUGGCAGUUCAUGAGAAGUUUGUACACCCAGAAAUGCGCCCUCUACAUAAGAAGUUGAUUGAUCAGUUCCAGAUGAUGCGGGCCAGUCUUUAUCAAGAAUUUCCAGGUUUGGACAAGCUAAGUCCUGCAUGCUCAGGCACCAGCACCCCACGGGGAAAUGUCCUAGCAUCCCAUAGCCCCAUGAGCCCCGAGACCAUCAAGAUGACCCACAGGCACAGCCCCAUGAACUUGAUGGGCACAGGUCGCCACUCAUCGUCCUCUCUCUCCUCACAUGCAUCUAGUGAAGCAGGAAACGUGGUAAUGUUGGGUGACAGCUCCAUGGGCGAGGCUGCUGAGGAUCUGUACCACCACAUGCAGCUCUCUUAUCCCAACCCCAGGUACCAGGGCUCAGUCACCAACGUCUCUGUUCUGUCCUCGUCCCAGGCAAGCCCUUCUUCCUCCAGCUUGAGUUCCACUCACUCAGCACCAUCCCAGAUGAUUACCUCUGCUCCUUCCAGUGCCCGAGGCUCUCCCUCUCUGCCAGAUAAGUAUCGCCACACCCGAGAAAUGAUGUUGCUGUUGCCCACACACCGAGACCGCCCAAGCAGCGCCAUGUACCCAACAGCCAUCCUGGAGAAUGGACAGAUGCCAAAUUUCCAGCGGGCUCUGUUCCAGCAAGUGGUUGGAACCUGCAAACCCUGCAGUGAUCCCAAUCUGUCUUUGGCUGAAAAAGGUCAUUACUCCCUACACUUUGAUGCCUUCCACCACCCCCUGGGUGACAACCCCCCGGCCCUCCCUGCCCGGACCCUACGUAAGUCUCCUCUUCACCCUAUCCCAGCUUCCCCCACGAGCCCCCAGUCAGGCCUGGAUGGCAGUAACUCUACACUGUCCGGCAGUGCCAGCAGCGGCGUGUCUUCCUUGAGUGAGAGUAACUUUGGGCACUCCUCAGAAGCCCCACCUCGCACCGAUACCAUGGACUCCAUGCCAAGCCAGGCCUGGAAUGCUGAUGAGGAUCUUGAGCCACCCUACCUCCCUGUCCACUACAGUCUCUCUGAGUCUGCCGUCCUGGAUUCCAUCAAGGCCCAACCAUGCCGAAGCCACUCGGCCCCAGGAUGUGUCAUCCCUCAGGACCCGCUGGACCCACCUGCGCUGCCACCCAAGCCCUACCACCCCCGCCUGCCAGUCCUGGAGCACGAUGAGGGUGUGCUGCUGCGUGAGGAGGCUGAUAGGCCUCGGGGUCUGCACCGCAAGGCCUCGCUGCCUCCUGGUAGUAUCAAGGAGGAGCAGGCUCGCAUGGCCUGGGAGCAUGGCCGAGGGGAACAGUGAGGGACAGAGAGGCAGCUAAGACAGUAAGCAGCUUCCCCCAGCACUCCAGGUCUGAAAACCAAGUUCCACACCCCUACCCAGGGAACCAGAGAGGCCUGGCACUCAGGAGAGAACCAUCCCAGUCUAUGUUCUACUGCCGUGAACUCGUGUUGCCAUAUAGAGGCUGCAGCAGCAUGAAGGCUUGUAGCUUCUCUUUUUAUUUCAUUUUCUACAUUUCACUUCUGAGUAUUUCUUUUCUUUGUGCAGUAGAUGCUUUCUUCCUCCUGCAGUUCCAGGCACAUGGAACUGGAGCUAUAUGGAGAUAUUGCACAGACAGAAUUGCUUUGCAGCUUAGCAGGGCCAGGCGAUAGGAGCUCAGGUCCUCCCUCCAGGGUAAAGAUGCACAGAAGAAUGGGAAUUGCACUAAGGACCUCUUCCUUUACUGUGUGAACAGAAGAGCUCAUGGUUGUUAUUCAGGGAUUGCAAGAACGUGGACUACAUGUCACAGGUGGACAAGGGGACUACAAGCUGUUUUGCACAAAUGCUUGCCCACCUGUUCACUCUUCCAUUCAGGAAUGUGCGAACAAAGGGCUGGUUAAGCCAACCUGCCGUGCAGGCAUGUGACCUGGUGUCAGUGUAUAUCCAGGGCACAGAGGCUUCUGUGGGCCAGCCCUGCCUCCUACUCUACCUUGGAUUUUUCUCCAUCACUUUUAUUUCUAACCACUUGCUUCCUUCAGCAUUUUUUAUAUGCCUCAUGCCCAGCAGAGCCCACUUAGAUCCAUAGAAGUUAUCUCUACCAUCUAAUGUUAGGGGAAUGUGGAGCCAGGAUGGCCCAGCUACUUCCUCCUUAGGUCCUGGGAGGAUAUGAGGUGAGUGAAGCAUGGUCAUAGUAAUGAUGCUGGGGUUUGGCAGGGACCGAAAAUCCUGAGCUAAAUCAGAGGUGGCCAGAAUGCCGGUCAUCCAGCUCCCAAAUCAGGGAUUUUCAGCACUACCUCCUAGCAGAGGGUUUGGCUGCCCAGCCAGGCUUCCAAACCUUGAGGAUGUGGUCAGGCUCAGCAAGCUAAAGACAAGGGAGAGAGCGCCUCCUUUUGGAAGCAGAGUGUUAAAUAAGUGGAAUUACCCUCUCUCAAGAGAGCAAGAAAAUGCAGGGCUCCACUGCAGGCCCACCGGGACUACCACUCAGGGUUCAGGCAGGCAGGAGGACACUCUCCAGCCUCCUGUUAGGUAAAGCAGUCUGUUAGGCAACGUGCAGUGGUCUUUAUAGGAAAUUUUGAUCAGGGCACUGAUUUUCCUCUUGGUUCAUUAUUGGGGUGGAGCGAGUUGAGUAGAAGUGGCAAUAGUAUUACACCAGGGUGCUUCUAAGUUACUUUAAAAGAAAAACAAAAUCUAGAAAAGUAUUUUUUUCUUUCUUGUUGAAUUAGUGUGCUCUCCCCUAGUUCCUGCAUGGCCAGCACCCCACCUCAUCCCUUCCCCAGAGACCCUCUUUCCAAAUGGUAUUUCUGUCUUGUGAGCAGAUGCCAGCUUAUUAAUAGGAAUGCCACUGA